UGGGGGGGUGGGAAGAUUGUAACCUUCCAGUGGUCCGCUGUGUUUCAACCUAACAUGCAGAAAUUAGAUCAAAGUCGGCCUACAUAUUUAGGCUUUGCAUGCCUCAGGAGAAGCAGAUAUUGAAUGGCGGUGCUGGCUCGAAGGGCCGAAUGGCCUACUCCUGCACCUAUUGUCUAUGUUUCUAUUCCAACACGGUCCUCUGCACUCAGCAUUCGAGAGUUCUCAGCUGUUUUGGAGUUCCAAAUAACAUUCCAGCUCCUUGUCAAACAGCCAGGAAAAUCCCGGCCUUCAUCCCACAAUUGGAAAUGGAGCCCUGUUGCCUGUAGCCAGUCAUGGUUGCGUGGGGCGUUUUUGGCAGCGGGUGGUCUCUGAGAGCGUUUUAUCACUAACAUCUGUUUCCUUGCGAGGUUGAGGUUAGCUUGGUCUCUCUGCGUUGAAGAACAGCUCCUUCCUUCGAGAGGCGAGCAGGCGCAGCGGGUAGUGGCGCUGCCUCACAGCGCCGGAGACACGGGUUCCUUCCCGAACCGCGCCCAAGGGGGUUGGCGUUCCAGGGUUCGGGGAACGUUGAACGUGACUCGCCCGUGAUCGCGGACCGCUGCGUAUCCCACCUCGCCAACCGCGGGUUUGUUCCACUUUGUUACGUGACGCCUGCAGGUCGUUACCAGCUGAGCGGAGUCACUCACUCUGAUGGCUUCACCAGGAUACCCCACGGGCCAUUCCCCGUACCCGGUGGGGCAGCCGGGAGCGGCGUACCAGGUGCCGCCGUACGGUUACCCGGUUGCCGGGGGUUACCCGCCCGCUGACCCCCCGGCCCCCGCCCCAGGUUUCCUGCCGUACCCGACGCCAUCGCCAGCCAGCGCGCCCCCACCGCCAGCGGCCGCCACCGGAGCCACGGGGGCUUACUACACCGGCCCGGUGAUCAACACACCGCCAACGGUCUCACACCGCGGGCAGCAAGACGAUGACCACAUUGUACACGCACCCUUGAUGGGGCCCACGUUCUGCCCACCCGGACUGGAGUACCUCAUGCAGAUUGAUCAAGUCCUCAUCCAUCAGAAGGUGGAAGUCAUUGAAGCCCUCGUGAAGUUUGAGACCCAGAACAAGUACGUGAUCAAGAACAGCCUGGGUCAGAAGAUCUACCGCGCCAAGGAGAAGAGCGACUGCUGCACCCGCAACUGCUGCGGAUCCCUGCGCUACUUCCACAUGAAGUUGCUGGACAACUCCGACCGCGAGGUCAUCCAUCUCGUGCGCCCCUUGAAGUGCGUUAGCUGCUGGUUCCCCUGCUGCCUCCAGGAGCUGGAGGUCCAGUCGCCACCGGGCACCACCAUCGGGUACGUGACACAGACCUGGCAUCCCUUCCUGCCCAAGUUCUCCAUCCAGAACGUAGAGCGGACGACUGUCCUGAUGAUAGUGGGGCCGUGUUUCGCUUGCAACUGCUGUGGAGACGUUGCCUUUGAGGUGAAGCCCCCUAAUGAAUCACGAAGUAUUGGACGCAUCAGCAAGCAAUGGAGCGGUGUUCUGAAGGAAGUGCUGACCGAUGCGGACAACUUUGGGGUGCAGUUCCCCAUGAACCUCGACGUGAAGAUGAAAGCCACGCUGCUGGGAGCCUGCUUCCUCAUCGACUACAUCUUCUUCGAGCGAGGGAAGGGCAGCCAUCAGAAGCAAGGGGUGUGGGAGUAACUGGAGCCCCCCCCCACCUCCCCCCCCCCGGACAAGGGGGAGGGCUAGCAGGAGGCGAGAGGAAUGGCCUUCUGACGAGAAUCUAAAUCUGACUCGGGCUGGGGACUACACUAGGCCCGGCCACCAAGGACAACAGCUCGACACAAAACUCUGGAGGAAUCCUACUGUUAGAUCUGCUAUUGUUCUCAACUCUGGGGAUGGGAGGGGCGGGGAGGGGGGG